ACGAGGAAGCCUUUCAGUUGUUCCACGAGCGAACAUCAGAUUCUAAGAGAAGAAGAAUUGAUUCUGAGAGGAUUUCCCCUUGCUAUUGUCUAAAAGUGCUUGUUAUUUUACUUAUUUGCUUUUUCUAAAUUAUUAGCACUAAAACUGUAUUAAAACCCCAAUCCGGAGUGGGAUAUAACCCGAGAAAGGGUUUCCGUUAUUUGAUUCGUUUUGGGCGUCGAAGCAGAAGUCGGUUCGGAAAAUUUGUAAAGUUUUGUAAAACCCGCUGAUUAUCCCGAACAGUGAUGAGUGACUCCGAGCCUCCGGCGUUUCCUUCCAUCGAAGAUGAGCGGGAUUACUGGAAGGAGAGAGCGGCUCAGCACCACCAGAGGGCUGAAGAGGCUCGAGACGAGCUGCAGGAGUUCCAGCAGAUGAGCCGAGAUUACGAAGCUGAACUCGAAACAGAGCUGAAGCAGUGUGAAGCGCGAAACCGCGAACUCCUGGCAACAAAUAACCGGCUACGCUCAGAACUCGAAAGUUUUAAGGAGAAAUAUGAGACACAGCACUCGGAGACCUACAGACGGAUUUCUGCCCUGGAGGCGGACUUAGCAGAGACCACAGCCAUCAAGGAUCAGUUACAGAAAUACAUCAGAGAGCUGGAACAGGCCAACGAUGACCUGGAGAGAGCCAAAAGGGCUACUAUCAUGUCUCUGGAGGACUUCGAGCAGAGGAUGAACCACGUCAUUGAGAGAAACGCCUUCCUGGAGAGUGAGCUGGAUGAGAAGGAGAAUCUGCUGGAGUCGGUGCAGAGACUGAAAGACGAAGCCCGAGAUCUGAGGCAGGAGCUGGCCGUGAAACAGAAGCAGGACCGUAAACCCUCGCUCAGCAUUUCAGUGGACGGAGAGAAGGCAGAGUCAACACCGUUACACACUCCGUCUGCUCAUUCCUCGGUCCUCACUACACCGGCCAGAACAGCAGCAGGGCUCGGGAGUGCCUUUCACACACCACCGUCUUCUUACAGCAGAAUUGAAGGUCUAACUGGAACGCCAUUGACCACAUCAGCACGGAUAUCCGCUCUGAACAUCGUAGGAGAGCUGCUGAGGAAAGUCGGCAAUUUGGAGUCAAAGUUGGCGUCAUGCAGAGAGCUGCAGGUCCAGGACCGAACGCCGAGCCGCUCAGCAAUGGCUCAGAGCGCACACAGCACGCCGAGAGAAGCCAUAGAGAACCAGUCAAGUCCUAACGGCCUGUUCGAGGGAAUGGUGAAGCGGCUGGAUUUUGGACCCAAAAUGGUGGUGUGACCGACACCUUUCCCCCGCUCACUCACUCACUCAUUCUCUCUCUCUCUGUACAUCACGUCUGUGAUUAUUCUUAUGACUCUUCAUACACAUGCCUGCUCCUGACUAAGUGUUUAACUCUCUUGCACUCAGAGUGUGUGAGCUUGUCUGUGCUUUUUAACUACUGUUAUUAACUAAGGGUUAACCCCUUCCUCUUGCUUUUUUUUUACUUUGUCUAUAUUUACAAUGUGAUCUGUACAUAUAUAUGUUUUUGAUGUUUUUACAAUAAGAAGUCUGAAAUGGGAGUUUAGCACUGCGCAGUUUAGCGUUUAGGCUUUUCCAUGUUCGUGUAAUAGGGCGAAAAGCAAGUGACCGUGGGAAGGAGAUCGUUAAUGGGCUGGUGCGGGCUUCAGUGGAGAAAGAGAGAAGGGAACACACUAAACUGUGCAGCGCAGCACAAAACUUAAAGACUGCAAUAUUGCCAUAAGGGUCUGUGUGCAACAUGUCUUCUAACGAGCAAUUAACCGUUCAGGUUAGAAAAAAUGUUUUUGAAAUGUUGUCGUCGUUGCUUUGCUCCGUCGACACAUUUUGCCCUUUUUGGGGCGCUCGUAGCCGAGCCACUUUACUGUACGUCAGCAGUGACGUCAAGAUUAUUGUUGUUCACGUUUUUAUUUCUGUAAUCAGAUAGCAGAUCGAAAGAAAUGCAUGAGUGACAAGAAAUAGGGGGAAAAAUUAUCCGUUAUAUAUUUUUACAGUUUGAAACGUAACACGAGAGGAAAGACAUUUUUGUAAGUGUUCAUAAAUAGCACUAAGGAGACUCAGGAUGCUGUUCAAAACUCGAAAUAGUAAGCGAUUGUGUAAAUUUAGCAUAUCACACUCAUUAUCGUACGAUUGAUUAUUAUUUUUAUUAUUAUGAUGAUGGUUCUUGCUUACAGAACGGGAGGAUCAUGGUUUCACACAACUGUUAAUUUAUGUGUUUGUGUUGUUGCUGUUGUUUGUAAGCAUUCACUGUACAGUAAUAGCUUUAGCCUGACUGACACAACAAAAAAAUUUUUGUUUCAAAGAACUUUAGUUAUUGUGGAGCUUUUAAGUCUUUUUUUUUUUUUUGGGUCGACCUUAGUUUGCCUUAAGUUGCGUUUACAUUGCUAAAAAAAAAAGUGCGUUUAGAUCAAAGAGCGAGUCUGAGAAGGAGACGGAAAAGAAAACCCAUCCUCUUAGUUUGGAUCAAAGAAAUAACACACACACUGUUGUACACUGUUGUACGUGUUGUGUUCCUUUUAUUAUUGUUUUAAGAAUGAUGCUUUAUUUAAUCUUGUAAAACGUCGACAAAACUAGAUUGUUCCAUAUUUUUAAAGGAAUGACAAAUUAAAACAGAACAAGACAUUAGCAAUUAGCAAGAAACCUGCAACACAAAAGCAUAAAAAAAAUCUCUGUCCAGGAGACGUCUGAAAGCUCACGUAGGGUUAUAGCUUUACCUCCGACACUGGAAACUUUUUCCCCAAUAUCAUCAUCAUCAUCAUCAAUAUUAAUUAUGCGCAGCACCAAAGUCUUUGCGAAUGAGCUGUCACCAUAUGAAUGAGAGCUGCUGUUAUAGACGACUGACUAACUUGUGACCAAUCAGAAUCCAGUAGCACUGAUACGAUGCUAUCACAGUUCUUACCUGGGUGGCUAAUCGAUCUGUAUCAUGAUUUUAUACAUAUCGCGAUUCGAUUUUAAUGUUUCAGUUCUAAACCAACUUGGCAAAUAAUUUCUCCUACCACACAUGAUGCUGCGCUGCCUAUUUUUUGCCUAGUUUAGUAAAGUAGGAGUUAAGCAGAACUGCAACAUUUUACCACCUGAAAUACAUACACACAGUAUAUAAAUUCAUAAAUAAUAUUACAAAAAAAUCGACUUUGGUGUCAACGUGGUGAUACAUGAAUUGCCACACAAUUUUUUCCCGCUUGCUACUGAACGCUACAACACAGCAAUUUCUCUGUUUAACAGUAAUAGCCUCGUUAGAGCACUUUUAUUUAUUUAUUUUUAGUUUUUUAAUUUUUAAUUUUUUUUUUACAGAAAUGAUCACUAUGCUAGUAACCACCUUUUUUUUUCCUGCCCGAUCUCUCGAUUUGUCCGAGACCUAAAAUUUUAACAAACGGACCAGAAUCUGAAAGUUUCUUAUUUGUGGUAUCUCUGUAGAGUAGCUAAGAUGAAUUAAAGUUUAAUACUUCAGUGAAGGCUACAAUGUUUUAUGUUAAAAUUAGAAAUGUAAUGAGGAGCUCGUACAUCCUGUUGUCUCUACUAAUACAAUAUAGGAAUUAUGAUAGAUAGAUACAGUAGAUGGAUAGAUAGAAAAGAUCAGGGAUGUAGUUAAAUAUUUUUACCAGGUUAUUAUUAAUUACUAAAGGUCUGUUACAGUUUUUUUAACAGUCUGUUUGGUGUUGAUCAGGUGUUUAAAUCACUCGGAGAGGGGAGUCGAGUUUUAAGGCGUAGUCUGGGUUAAAACAAGCAGAUUCUCAUGUUCAUGUAAACAACUGUUUUCAUCAGAUGUGCAAAAUAAAUCUCUUACUAAA